AUGAUUUCACCACUCGGAUGGUUUGGCAUUCAAAAAUUUGAUCUUCUUGCUCCGAUCUAUGAUUGGAUCAUGCAGUACCUUGAAAAGAACACACUCUCAAAAUGCAGAACAAGAUUUGUCCCGAUGGUUGAGGGUAAGGUAUUGGACCUUGCCGUUGGCACUGGUCCCAAUAUUGAAUACUAUCCGAUGGAUAGGAUUGAGAGUAUUACCAUGAUUGAUUUAUCGAGUGGAAUGCUCAAUAAGGCAAGAGAAAAGGUCAGAACAGAAAUGAAAGAUAAUUUGAGUAAAUUUGAAUUGAUGGAAGCACCUUGUGAGAGUUUGCCAUUUCAGAAUGAGACUUUUGACACUGUAUUGAGUAUUGAUGUGUUGUGUAGUGUGGAUGAUCAGAAAAAGACCUUUGAUGAGGCAUAUAGAGUAUUGAAAACUGGUGGAACUGCUUUCUUUGUGGAACAUUUCAAGACUUAUAAUUUCUGGACUGAUGUUUUCCUGUCAAUGGUCACAUUGAUUACUUAUCCAUUGGUUGGUGCAUCGAUGGUUAGAGAAACUGAUAAGGAAAUUGGAAAAUCAAAAUUUCAAAUUACUGAAAGAGGAAAAGUGAAGGGAACAAAUUUCGAAUAUUUCAUUUGUAAAAAGUAA